AAAUUUACUGUGCACGGUAAUUGGGCAUCACUCAGCUCAGAAGUAGCACUGUGAAACAAACAAACCAACAAAAUGUUCAAACUGUUCAUCUUCGCGUGCCUGGUGGCGUUCGCCGCGGCCAAGCCGCUGGUGGUGAGCUACGCGGCGCCGGUGGCGGCGGCGUACACGGCGCCCGUGGCGGCCGCCUACUCCGCGCCCGUCGCCUACUCGCCCUACUCCGCCUACUCGCCGCUCGCCUACUCCGCUUACACCUACGCUCCCUACUCUGCCUACUACCUGCGCUGAAGUGUUCUAAAACUGAAUUGGCUAUAAUAUGUGAAUAAAUCCAUGACAAUUUGCUAAUAAUA